UGGAAAUUUUAAAAUACUGUAUAUGAUUUUUUGAAUGUUCUUAUGAAUUUGUGUCACAAUAAACGCUCUUUUUUCUGUUAUAAAAAUGACUCAAAAUUUCUUCCUUCGCAAAAAAAAAAAAAUAAUAAAACAAAUCAAUUUUGUUUAAAACUCCUUAUUAUAAAUUAUAAUAUAAGUUCAUAAAUUUCGUUCAACAAUUAUGAGUCAAAAUACUUUACAAAAUAAUCAAAAUGACCCCACGUUUACUGAAUUCAAUAAUUCACAAUCUACUGUUAUUCAACCGGGAUAUUCUUCUUCAAAUAUUAACUAUAAUGGUGUGAAUGUCAACUCUUCUGAUAAUAAUUUCCCAACAUUAUAUACAAACAUCAAUUACUCUGAUCAACAGCCCACUUCUAACGAAAAUAUUUCAACUCCAGUUUUCUCCUCGUAUGCUCCGCAGUAUGUUGGGCCGCAGCAACCUAUUGAAAAUAUUUCUUUUCCAUUUGGUCCAUUUAACAUGACUAAUGUUAGCCCUUCUCAAUCCGAAAUCCUUAGUUUUGAUAUUCCCGGAUUUAAAAUUAUCGUCAUACCUACUUCUUCUCAACAACAAGAUAACACUUCUUUGAAUUAUUCUUCUUCAAAUAUUACGAAUAACCAAUUUCAACAAUAAAUU